AUGGCAAACCUCAUUCCUACAGUAGCAGCCAUCGCUGUUCUUCUGAUCAUCACAGCCAAUGCAUCUUCUGCUUACAGAACCGCCACCAUCACCACCACCACGGUGGACGAAACCAACCCGACAGGAAAACUAAUGGAAUGCCGCAGCGAUGUCGACAAGGCAAAGUUGAACGACUGCGCGCUGUACUUGAUGGGAUCAAAACAAGGCUCUUCUUCGGACUAUGUGCAGCGGUGCUGCAAUGAAAUAAAGCGAGUAGGUGAAGAUUGCCAAUGUGACGCACUCAAAGUUGUUUCUCUGAAGCUGCUGGAGAAAGGUAUGGUAGAGCUGGAUGAGUUUGACGGGGUGAUAGAGAGAACAAGUUUCGCUUCUUCUUCUUGUGGUCUUCGACAGCGUUGCCGUGGCCGAUCAAUCUUCUGUUGGAACUUUUGA